AUGGCUGGCAACUGCCUGGAGAGGCAGGACUUUCCCGAGAACUGUGUGAGCAGGCGACUCAUAAAUCGGUACCAGCUAAACGAGGAUCUCUAUGGCAGCUGCCCUCCGCGUCAGAAGCGGCGGGUGGACCCCACCUUCCACGGUAAUCCAAAGCCCCGGGCGGACCUACUGGCCGCGAAAUUCCAUGUGAACGCCUACAACUUCGAUCAGACCAACUCCCUAGUCGGGUUAGUCAACAAGAUAGCCGAGGAGUACCUGAAAAAGUGCCCUCCAGUCAUAUACUACGAUAGCUUUGUGGAAAAGUCCGAUGGACUCAUUCUGGAGAACUUGUUUAAGACCCUUCCCAUUACGUUCUACCACGGCGAAAUAAACUCCCGCUACGAGGCCAAGAACACCCACUUCACGGGCCACAUAGACAGCAGCUGCAAGAGCUACAUUCUGUUCCUUUCCGACCCCCUGAUGACUCGGAAGAUCCUGGGCCCCCAAACGGAGAGCCGCGUAGUGCUCGUUUCAAGGUCCACCCAGUGGAAGCUUCGAGACUUUUUGGCCUCAGAGCUCUCCUCAAAUAUCGUGAACUUGCUGGUCAUUGGAGAGUCCUUGAUGUCGGACCCCCUUCGAGUAAGUAUGGCAAGGUAAUAAAUAUUGAAACCCGACUCAUCUGCGCUGCAGGAGCGUCCUUAUGUUCUGUACACGCACAAGUUGUACGCCGACGGCCUGGGCUCCAACACUCCGGUGGUGCUCACCAGCUGGAUUAAAGGCGCCCUCUCCCGGCCUCACAUAAAUCUUUUUCCGCCCAAGUUCCAAAACGGCUUUGCAGGCCACCGCUUCCAGGUGUCUGCCGCCAACCAGCCGCCCUUCAUCUUCCGCAUUCGCACGCUUGACUCCUCAGGCAUCGGGCAGUUGCGCUGGGACGGAGUGGAGUUCCGCCUGCUGAACAUGAUCUCCAAGCGGCUCAACUUCUCGGUGGACAUCACCGAGACGCCAACGAGAGCGUACUCUCGCGGUGUGGUGGACAACAUCCAGACGCAGAUUGCCCAGAGGGCUGUUGACAUCGGGAUGUCGGGGAUAUACCUCACCGAGGAGCGACUGCGCGACACGGAUAUGUCCGUGGGCCACUCUCGUGACUGUGCCGCCUUCAUCACGCUGGCCUCCAAGGCCCUGCCAAAGUACCGUGCCAUUAUGGGUCCGUUCCAGUGGCCGGUGUGGGUGGCCCUCAUCUGUGUCUACCUUGGGGGCAUCUUUCCGAUAGUAUUCACCGACCGCCUGACUCUCAGCCAUCUGCUGGGCAACUGGGGCGAGGUGGAAAACAUGUUCUGGUACGUCUUCGGGAUGUUCACCAACGCCUUCACCUUUACCGGCAAGUACUCCUGGAGCAACACCCAGAAGAUUUCCACGCGCCUGCUAAUAGGAGCAUACUGGCUCUUUACGAUCAUCAUCACGUCCUGCUACACGGGCAGCAUUAUCGCCUUCGUGACGCUUCCUGCGUUUCCAGACACCGUCGACUCCGUGAUGGACCUGCUGGGGUUGUUUUUCCGCGUUGGCACUCUGGACAAUGGUGGUUGGGAGAGCUGGUUUCAGAACUCCACGCACAUCCCGACCUCCAGGCUGUACAAGAAGAUGGAGUUCGUCGGGACGCUCGAGGAAGGUAUUGGAAACGUGACGCAGAGCUUCUUCUGGAACUAUGCCUUCCUGGGUUCCAAGGCCCAGCUGGAGUACCUGGUGCAGUCGAAUUUUUCUGAUGAGAACAUAUCGCGACGCUCGGCCCUCCAUCUGAGCGAGGAGUGUUUCGCCCUUUUCCAGAUCGGGUUCCUCUUCCCCCGGGAAUCGGUCUACAAGCGGAAGAUCGAUUCGAUGAUCCUGCUGGCCCAGCAGAGUGGCCUAAUAAGUAAGAUCAACAAGGAGGUAAGCUGGGCUAUGCAACGCUCGGCUUCGGGUCGUCUGUUGCAGGCCAGCUCAUCGACCUCGCUGCGCGAAAUCAUCCAGGAGGAGCGCCAGCUGACGACGGCCGACACGGAGGGCAUGUUCCUGCUGAUGGCGUUGGGCUACUUCCUGGGAGCCACGGCUCUGGUGUCCGAGAUAGUGGGCGGUAUCACAAACAAGUGCCGUCAGAUCAUCAACCGCAACCGCAAGUCGGCCUCUAGCUCCUGGUCCUCCCGCCACAGCUCGGCAAACGGGGGAGUACAACGCACGGCGGAUGAGCAAUUGGCCCACGAUGAACGGAAGGCUGCACGACGCGAGGCCGCCGAGGAUGCCCAGAAAAUGAGCUUCGGGAUGCGCGAAUUCAACCUUACCCGGACGACACUACGCGAGCUGUACGGCAGCUAUAACCGAUCUGAUCCGACCUCCAGCCAGCAGGCCGAAGAGCAUGUCCUGGCACACAUACACCCGCACACCUAUUUGGAAGACAAAGAGUCCCGUGAAGCUUUGGAGUCCUUGGAGCGGUUGGACGAAUAUAUGGCUCAGAUGGACACUGAGGAGGAGGAGUCGCCUCCUUUAGCAUCCGUUGUUGACGAAGUUUUUGGUCCCAAUACAAACGACAACCCUAAUGAAAUGUAA